AUGUGGCAAAUAAAAAGGAUUACAAUUUUAUUUCCUUUAUUAUUAUUUAACUUUAUCAUCUCCAUUUCGGCAACUUUUUGCCCAACAAGUUUAAUGCGUAAUCAAACAGCAUGUACAUGUGAGGAAUAUAUUGAUGGAGCUAUUAUUAAAUGUAAUGGACCAAAUGGACCUUUAGUUGUUGAAAAUCUUAAAAAAUUAAAUGUUGAAGUUAGAGAAUUGGUCUUAGAAAAUGCUAAUAUUAUUGAAAUCGGUCCUCGUGCAUUUUUGGGCAUGAGAAUAAAAAAAUUGGUUUUGGACAACAACAAAAUUAAAUUGAUACAAAAGAAUGCUUUUAGAGGGCUUGAAUCUAUUUUACAAGAACUUUCAAUUGUUGGGAACAGAUUAACUGAAGUUCCUAUAGCGGCAUUAGAUGGUUAG